CAACACUGUGUGACAGAAUUCAGAAAGGCUUAAAUUUUUUUAAAGUGAAUUCAACGAUUUGUCAACGAUAAAGAACUCGGGAUUUGGGAAUUAUAAAUACACGUUCACAAUACUGUAUUUUACAGCACUGUUAGCAGCUGAAUCGUAUUAUUAUUCAUUGGGAGUUGAUAGACGCGGGUGCAAACGACAACUGGGAUUAAUCGAUUAAAAAGCUUAGCAUAAACAGGAGAUAGACGUUAGACGGGGCGCUGGGCGCGAGUGUGAAGUGACUAGUAAGCUAUGAUUGAGUGAGAAGGUGACGAGUGGUAAGGAAGCAUCGUGUCGGGCGCGAUGUCGAACGUGGAGAACGUGUGUCCGCAGGCGCUGCGCGGGGUGGCGCGCGAGCUGCGGCGACUAGCGCUGCACCCGCCACCAGGGGUCAAGCUGCAGCUGCGAGAUGACGACCUCACCGACGUGGUUGCACUCAUCGAAGGCCCCGCUGAGACGCCAUACGCGGGCGGCACGUUCCGCGUGCGGCUCGUGUUGGGGCGCGAGUUCCCCGCCGCGCCGCCGCGCGCCUACUUCCUGACGCGGCUGUUCCACCCGAACGUGGCGCCCGACACGGGCGAGGUGUGCGUCAACACGCUGAAGCGCGACUGGCGCCCCGAGCUCGGGCUCGAGCACGCGCUCGUGGCGCUGCGCUGUCUGCUCAUCGCGCCCAACGCCGACUCCGCGCUCAACGCCGACGCCGCCGCGCUGCUGCGCGACAAGUAUGAUGACUACUUCGCGCGCGCCAAACUGCUCACCGACAUCCACGCGCGCGGCCGCCCCGAGCAAAGCAGUUCAACCAAGGAGGGUCCCGGCCGCAGCGCCCCGGCGGCCGCGGAGGGCGGCGGGGGCGGCGGCGCGGAGGAGGGUCCGUGCGCCAAGCGCGAGCGGCGCGCGGCGCCCGCGAAGGACAAGCGCCGCAUCCUGAAGCGGUUAUGAGCGCGCGCGCGGGCCCCCGCCCGCCGCCCGCACCCGCUCCCCCGCCCUCGCCCCCGCGCCAGCGCUCUGCCCCGUCACCUUACGGAACGCUUUGGUCUGACGACCUGUGUAUAGGCACCACCAUCACCGGCAACAGGAGGCUCAUCGGACUUACUGAAUGGAUCUGACCCCGCGAAUUGUAGUCGUGUUCGACUACGUUACGAAGGCUAUGCCGAAUGGGCCGAUGGAUGUCUCUCCAGCAGUGCGGACGCGUGUGAGCGGCGCGUGUGAGCGGCGCGGCUCGGCGGCAGCGGGUCGCAGGUGCCUACUCGGGCUCUCCGGCGCUGCAUUCGGAAAGGCGGCGUCGUUGUCAACGCAAUGUAUAUUUUAGUAUCCGCCUUGUGUUUCUGAACUGAGCCUCAAUGGGCGUUACGCACAUGAAUAUUACAUUUAAUUUUAAUUAUAAUUGUAUGAAUAAAUAUUUCCAUUACGA